AUGCAGAUCUUUGUCAAGACCCUCACUGGCAAGACCAUCACCUUAGAAGUCGAGUCUUCCGACACUAUCGACAACGUCAAGGCCAAGAUCCAAGACAAGGAGGGCAUCCCCCCAGACCAACAACGUCUAAUCUUCGCUGGUAAGCAACUGGAGGAUGGCCGAACACUCGCUGAUUACAACAUUCAGAAGGAGUCCACCCUCCAUUUGGUCCUCCGUCUCCGAGGAGGAAUGCAAAUCUUUGUCAAGACCCUCACCGGUAAAACCAUCACCCUUGAGGUCGAAUCGUCCGACACUAUCGACAACGUGAAGGCCAAGAUCCAAGAUAAAGAAGGCAUCCCUCCGGACCAACAGCGAUUGAUCUUUGCUGGUAAACAGUUGGAAGAUGGCCGAACGCUCGCCGACUACAACAUCCAAAAAGAGUCUACCCUCCACCUGGUUCUUCGUCUUCGGGGUGGUAUGCAAAUCUUUGUCAAGACCCUUACUGGCAAAACCAUCACUCUUGAAGUCGAGUCCUCCGACACGAUCGACAAUGUCAAGGCCAAGAUUCAGGAUAAGGAAGGCAUCCCCCCGGACCAACAGCGAUUGAUCUUUGCUGGUAAGCAACUUGAGGAUGGUCGCACAUUGGCCGACUACAACAUCCAAAAGGAGUCCACCUUGCAUCUUGUAUUGCGACUUCGGGGUGGAAUGCAAAUCUUUGUCAAAACUUUGACUGGCAAGACCAUUACCCUUGAGGUUGAGUCCUCAGACACGAUCGAUAACGUCAAGGCAAAGAUUCAGGACAAGGAAGGUAUUCCUCCGGAUCAACAGCGAUUGAUCUUUGCUGGUAAACAGUUGGAGGAUGGCCGGACGCUCGCCGACUACAACAUCCAAAAGGAGUCUACCCUCCACCUGGUCCUUCGUCUUCGAGGUGGUAUGCAAAUCUUUGUCAAGACAUUGACUGGUAAAACGAUCACUUUGGAAGUUGAGUCUUCCGACACCAUCGACAAUGUCAAGGCCAAAAUUCAGGACAAAGAAGGUAUUCCCCCGGACCAGCAGCGGUUAAUCUUUGCUGGCAAGCAACUCGAAGAUGGCCGAACUCUUGCCGAUUACAACAUCCAGAAGGAGUCUACUCUUCAUCUCGUGCUACGACUCCGUGGUGGUAUGCAGAUAUUUGUCAAGACUCUUACCGGCAAGACGAUCACUCUGGAGGUUGAAUCCUCUGACACCAUUGACAAUGUCAAAGCGAAGAUCCAAGACAAAGAAGGCAUUCCCCCAGACCAGCAGCGUUUGAUCUUUGCUGGCAAGCAGCUUGAAGACGGUCGUACCCUUGCCGACUACAACAUUCAGAAGGAGUCGACGCUUCACCUGGUUCUCCGUCUGCGAGGAGGCAUGCAGAUUUUUGUCAAGACCUUGACUGGCAAAACCAUCACGUUGGAGGUUGAAUCGUCCGACACUAUUGACAACGUCAAGGCGAAGAUUCAAGACAAGGAGGGCAUCCCCCCGGAUCAGCAGCGUCUUAUCUUUGCUGGUAAACAAUUGGAAGACGGGCGUACUUUGGCUGACUACAACAUUCAAAAAGAGUCCACUCUGCACUUGGUUCUUCGUCUUCGAGGAGGGAUGCAAAUUUUUGUCAAGACCUUGACAGGCAAAACAAUUACGUUGGAAGUAGAGUCUUCAGACACCAUCGACAACGUGAAGGCCAAGAUUCAAGACAAGGAGGGCAUUCCUCCGGACCAACAGCGUCUCAUCUUCGCUGGCAAACAAUUGGAAGACGGACGUACUCUCGCUGACUACAAUAUUCAGAAAGAGUCCACCCUUCACUUGGUUCUUCGUCUUCGUGGAGGCGCAUAG